AUGAUUAUUAGUCGAUAUGGAUUGCGCAGUUGUUUUUCCAAGAGGAUUAGUACCUUAACAAAUAGUAAAUGUAAUCAGACAAGAAGUUAUUCCUCUGCAUCUGAUAAGAAGCCACAAGCGUUGGCCAAGUCUAAGAAAAAAAAAGUAUCCAAGAAUGAGGAGAUAGACAAUUAUAAUAAGGGAAUGGAGACCAUCAGAAAAUAUGACCCUAAUUUUGCCAAUAAUACAUCUACGAAAUUGCAUGGUUUGAAAAAAUCACUACUGGUUCCAAAAGUGGCAUCUACAGAUAAUUUAUCAUCAGCUGAAAUUCAAACAGAGGGUCUCUUUGCAGGUUAUCGACCUUUAUUUCUGGGGAACUCGUCAUUGGAGACCAAUUCAAAAUUGGAUGUUUUGGAUAAUUUCUUUACUUCAUUCGCUAAUUUAAAGGUUUCUGCACCCGAGUCUGAAACAGAUAGUUACAAUUCAGGUCAAAUUAAAGAUGUUAUAGAUGAUUUACAAAAUGGUUUAGAGUCAGAACAAGAACAGAGUUCUUUGACUAGAGAAAAUAGAAAACCUAUCAUACCAUGGGAUGCAUCAAUUGGUGGUAUGGUUUAUUCUGAUAAAGCUUUCAAGGACCUGCCUAAAAGUGUAGUUUCGAAAUUGUCACCAUUCAAGUUAGUGAAACUUGAAAGGUCCCAAGAUAAAUCUCAGGUAAAGCCCAAACGUUUCAUUAAAAUAAAAGUACAUAAUUCAAAAGUCAGCGACGACCUAGAAAUGGUAAAUCUGUUUGAUUCUGACAAAACUAAGCACUAUGAUAAGCAUAUUCAAGACGGGUCAAUUAUUGGUGUUACUCGAGAUCAGAUGAUAAAAGAUAGGAAGGAGUAUGAAAAUGAGAUGAAUCAUUAUCUCCUGCUCUUUAGAUUUUUGAAAUCAGAUCAAAGACUCUAUAUCACUUAUCUCGAUAAAUUAAUGAGGUUUUUAGAGAGACAAAUCUUUAAAAAGAUAAAAUUACAUACCCAUAGUCCUGUUUUGUUAUAUCGUCUGCCCAUAUUUAUAUAUUUGCCACCAAGCAGUAUUGGAAUAAAAUCACUGAGAAGAAUAUUAAGAAAACAAAUUAUAAAUCAAUCAUCCCCUCUCAUGUCAAUAUUAUUACCAUGUUAUGAGAAGGAGUUCCAAAGAGAAAAGUUGUUAUCAAAAUUUAAUAAUAAAGUUAAUACUUUACUCAAUGAUUUAAUAAUAGCGUUACCUUCAUAUCAUAUCCAUGAUACUGAUACUGAUUGUAUAAUUCAACAAAGUCCAGUUCCUAACUUUAAGAGACUAUAUUGGUUAAAACCUACUUUAAGAAAGAAUGUUUUCUAUGGGAAAAAUAUCCAUCAAGAAUACGUUUUCAAUUAUAGCAAAAGUUAUGACAUUACAAGGAGUAAUAUUAAAUAUAUGCGAUAUCCAAUUGGCCUUAGAUCUAAAACUGUAAAAGAGGCCUUUAGUAAAGAUAGGUUUUAUGAUUGA